AUGUAUCCUUCGUGGGGGAACUAUGGUGCGCCCCCGCCUCAAAACUUCCCGGGGCCCGGCCAGCGGAAGAUGCCGGGGGGAGGCCACGCCGGGCCGCCGUCGAGUUUCGGCUGCAUGCAGGCCCCGUCGAGCGGCUCCAUGUUCUCCAACCUGCAAGAGCAGCAUCUCCAGCAGAUGCAGCAGCUUCAAAUGCUGCACCAGAAGCAGCUUCAGAACGUUCUCCAUCACGGUAGCGGUAUGGGACCCCCCAGUGGAUACUCGGCGCCGGCGUGGCAGUCGGCGGAAACGGCCCCGAUGGAUCGCGGGGCCGGGAUGCAGGCUCACAUUCAAGGAGACACUAUCGCGAACAAACCGGACCAUUCGCAGCCUCCGGUUCCCACGCAGCAGCACAAGAUUGAACCCCAACCGGCGCCUCCUCCCCCGGAUCCAGCUAAAGAUGCAAUGGGGAUGGAAGCAGUCGGUAAAGACGAAAACUCCAGUUUGCCGAACCUUUCCAUUUUUACACAGGAUCAACAGCAACUUUGGUACCAACAGCAUUUACAGAAUCUGCAAAAGUUGAAGCAAGAAAGGGCCAAGCAGAACCAAAAGGAAGGCGAGCCCCCCAACAGCCAAGGAGCCCAACCUCCUCCUCCGCCCCCGUCAGAGCCACCCGCAGGUGCGCCACCUCCGCCUCCUCCAAAAGAGGACCAGCCUGCACCACCUCCGCCUCCAGAGGUGAGCUUUACCUCAAUGCCUUAUAGUCCCAGGUCCCCUGACUCUAAACAAGACCCGGAGGAGGCGGACCGUCUCCAGAAGCUACAGGCUGCAGCGGCUCAGUGGCAGCAGGUGCAGCAGCAGAGAGUCAGCUUACAUUAUCAGGCGCUUAUGCAGCAGCAUGAAAAACUUCAGCAGAUACUCGAAAAGUAUCAGCCGCUCAUUCAGCAACCUCCAAACCUACAGGCAAUGACGCCCGAGAUGCAGCUCCGGCAUUACCAAAGGCAGAAGCAGCAGUUCAUCCCCCUGUUACAGGAAUGGGAAGUGACCUUCAAAAUGUGGUUUGAGCAGUUCCAAACAUAUCCGCACAAAGAUCAGCUACAUGAUUACGAGAACCAAUGGAAGCAAUGGCAGACUCAGAUGAAUGCCACCAAUGACCACCUUCAGGAGACGAUCUCCGCUCUCACCGCAAUUGUACCGUAUGCUUCGAUGCAGUAUAACAAUCCAGGUAUGGGGCAAUAUGGCAGUUAUCCCGUCCAAGAUAUGUCAGUGCCACCGCCACCAAUCGCUCAACCACCAGUGACUCAGUCACAAAUGGCCCAGCUACCCCCACCACUACCUGUGGUUGCUGGUGGUCCUACAUCCCAAGGUCCACCACCUGGUCCCCAAACCGGUCCACCGCCGGGUAAGCCUCACACUCCAGCUUCUGUACCUCCACCCACUGGAGGCCCCCCGACAGAAAUUGGACCUACGUGCCCAAUGAAUGUUCCGCCACCAAACUUCAACAGCAUGGGGGGUCCAAGAGGAAACAACCCCAGAUUCAACCAGCCAAUGCGCUUUGAUGGACCUCCAAGAUUUGAUCAUCGCUUUGAGGCUCCCCCUCAGUUCCAGCCACCUCAACAUGGCUUCAACGGCUCUCCUCAGUUUAACCAACCUGGGUCGCGUUUUAACGGUCCUCCUAGGUUUGAUCAACCCCCCCAGCGAUUUGGCGAACCGCCACCUUUUAACCAACCUGGUUCACGCUUUGACGGGCCUCCCAGGUUUGACCAGCCUCACCAGCGCUUUGAUGGCCCGUCCAAAUUUGAACAACAAGCACCCAAACCCGGGCGUCAGUCUCGAUUUGACCAGCCCCCUAAACAGACUGGUCCACAGCCUCCCACGGAAGGUUCCCCAGUGCCUCCGCCAAAACAACAGGGCCCUCAGCCUCAAGUCAAACAAGAUCCCAAGCAACCUACCAGUGUGGAUUCUUCAUUAAAAUCAGUUGAGUUGCCACAAUCUGAUCAAGUAAAGAGUCAAACUCCAACUAGUAAGACAAUUUCUGAAAAAGAAAAACUCGCUGACUCGCUUAAAAAUGCUCAAUCCACAAACGAUGAUGAUACAAUGGAUAUCUGCAACUCGCCCCAAUCUGCUGACAGUAAGCCUGCCCAGCCUGCAGCUACUCCUGUUGAAUCCAAUGAAAAAGACAAAUCACAAAAUUAUCCCAAACCAAAUGGGCCGUCAAAAAACAACAAUAAUCUUUCCUCGACACAACAGGAGGAGCACCCACCUACACAAUUCCAGUCAAGACCAGAACCUGUGGGGCCUCCCUAUGGUAGAGGACGAGGUCAUCCCUUAGGCUUUAUGCCAGGUAGAGGACGAGGACACGGGCAAUUCGGACACGGAGAAUUCAGUGGCCAUAACACCGGUCCAUCUGGGGGGGAGACAGAGGAAAUGUCUAAUGAAUUUAUGCCUCCUGAGGAAGAAUUAUAUGAGCAACAAGAUGAGGCAUAUUACUGGCAAGAUCCAUCAUAUGAGGAGUUUGGUGCUGAGGGUUAUGAGGAGCCAAAUGAAGAAAUUUGGAUGCCAGAAGACAAUCACUACGAAGUAGGGGAAGAAUAUUAUGAAGAUUCGGUUGAAGAACCUCCUGUGGGAGGACCACCCAUGGGAAGAGGUGGACCGCCAAUGGGAAGAGGUGGACCGCCCAUGGGACGAGGUGGUCCGCCCAUGGGCCGAGGUGGACCACCCAUGGGACGAGGUGGUCCGCCCAUGGGACGAGGUGGUCCGCCCAUGGGACGAGGUGGUCCGCCCAUGGGACGAGGUGGACCGCCAAUGGGACGAGGUGGUCCGCCCAUGGGACGAGGGGGACCGCCCAUGGGGAGAGGGGGACCGCCCAUGGGGAGAGGGGGACCGCCCAUGGGCAGAGGGGGACCACCCAUGGGGAGAGGAGGACCGCCCAUGGGGAGAGGAGGACCGCCCAUGGGGAGAGGAGGUCCGCCCAUGGGUCGAGGAGAACCCAUGGAUGGCCAAUGGGAAGAAACAGGGCCACCUGAGUACUACGAAGAAGAGGAACCUUACUGGGGAGAGGACGGCCCUCCAAUGAGAGGGAUGAGACCCCCAUUUCCAUCCGGCCGUGGUCGUCCUCCACGUGGCCAUCCUGGUUUUAUGCGGGGUCGUGGAAUCCCUCCGCACCUAAGGCAUGGGCCAAUGGAAGAAGAGGCAUUUGCCUACGGUAUGGACCAUGGUAAUAUGGACAUGGAGGAAGAUGAUAAUUACAUGUACCAGGGUGACGAUCCUCAUAACUUCAUGCACCCGGGUGCAGGAAGGGGAAGGCGGCCACCCCCACCACCUCAUGAAAUAAUGGAUCUUGAUGCCGAUCAGUUUUACCACAAAGAGAUGGAGCGUGAACAUGACUGGGAGCCACCCUAUGGCAGACGUCCUCCAAUGCCACAUGAGUUCAUUGAAAGGGGUGACGAAAUGAGAAGCGGGCCAAUGGGUCGUGGAAUGGCACGAGGUGCGAUGCAUCCAGGUAUGCCUCAUGAACAGGAGGAAGGGUACAGGUAUCGUUUCGUUGAGGACUAUGGCCACGGAGAAAAUGCUUAUGGACACAAGGAAGACGACUACGAGCGAAGGCCACCACAUCCGAAUGACCCUCGGCGCGAGGACAGAUUCUUUGACCCUGAAUGGGACAGAGGGCGAUCUCCACCGGAUAGGGAAUAUCCACCACCCCCAGAACAUUACCGAGAUGAGCGCUGGGCUGAGGAAAGAGAGCGAGGUCCUCCACAUCCAAUUGAUGAGUAUGACCGCAGAAGAGGCGAAAUCAGAGAACGAGAUUACGAGCCGCCGCCCCGACAGGAAGAUCUGGCACGCCCUCCAAAUUGGGAUCACCCUUCGAGAUUUGACUCGCCAACAGAGAGAAUGUAUCCCCCCUAUCAGGACCGCAGAGACGAGCCUCCUUUGGAUAGACCUCCACUCCAAAAUGAACCUAGCAGUAACCAGUCAGAGAAUUCAGCUGAACAACAGGGAGGGAAUGUCCUCUCUCUUUCCCAGCGGCAACAUGAAAUCAUUUUGAAGGCUGCCCAAGAAUUAAAACGGAUGAGAGAACAACAGGAGGUGAAGCCUGGAUCUGCAUCUCAGCAUGCAGCAGGUGACACCUUACCCGAGCUUCCUGCUAGUCUUCUUGGUUUGGAGAUACCGAUAGAAGUCAGAAAUGCUCUGAAGGGUAUGGCUGCAUCUGCUCAGACACCUAAAACACCGUCUUGGGAUACAAAUCCUGCCGCGCCUGUUACUCCAGUGAUUCCAAAGACUGUGGAUUACGCCCACGGACAUGAACCUGGUACUACUGUCGAGCGGAUCGCUUAUGGUGAGAGGAUUGUGUUGAGACCUGAUCCAGACAGAGGCUAUGAAAAAGAACCUCUCCGAGAGCCCUACAGCAGGGAUCCCUUUUACGAUAGACGGCCAGACCCUUAUAUGGACCGUCGGGAGUACAGUCGAGAAAGAGAAUUCUACCGGGAAAAACCUCCACAAGAUUUCGAGCGGGACCGAUACGGAAGGGAACGAUACGCUCCAAGAGAACGCGACGAUAGCUCGCUAAUGAUGGUUGAAGAAAGGCACGCACUUCGUCCAGGUUUCCGGGAAAGAGAACGCGAAUUCCGAGAGAGGGAUCGCAGCAACAGCCGCGAACGAGAGGAUCCUUUCGGUAGGCCGGGAUACGACAGGCCUCACUAUGAGCGCCCUGGAAUGGAACGUGGCGGGCCCGAUCGCUAUGGCCCUACCGUGCCACCGUUUGACCGAAGAGGUUACCCAGAAGACCGAGGAGGACCGCCCACCGGACCCCCACUCGCAACGCCCCCGCAGCCGCUCCCGCAGCCACUCCCACCUGUCGAGAAGAAGCCCGAGAUCAAGAAUGUGGACGAUAUCCUCAAACCGCCGGGACGGAUGUCACGGCCCGAGAGGAUCGUCGUCAUCAUGAGAGGGCUACCUGGGAGUGGAAAGAGCCACGUUGCAAAGCUCAUACGAGAUAAAGAGGUUGAUUGCGGCGGCGCCCCACCAAGAGUUCUGGUUUUAGACGACUAUUUCAUGACUGAGGUUGAAAAGGUGGAGAAAGACCCUGACACGGGAAGGAGGGUCAAAAGGAAGGUACUUGAAUACGAGUUCGAGCCGGAACUGGAAGGCACAUAUCGCAACAGCAUGCUGAAGACCUUCAAGAAAACUCUGGACGAUGGCUUUUUCCCUUUCAUUAUAUUGGACACUAUCAACGACAGAGUCAGCCAUUUUGAGCAGUUCUGGAGCGCUGCUAAAACGAAAGGUUUUGAGGUCUAUAUUGCUGAAAUUACUGCUGACACCCACACUUGCGCAAAGAGAAACAGCCACGCGCGCACACUUAAGGAUAUAAUGAAGAUGUCCAACAAUUGGGAGUCCACGCCUCGUCACAUGGUCCGCUUAGACGUGCGAGCCCUGCUGCAGGACGCCGCGAUCGAAGAGGUGGAAAUGGAAGACUUCAAUCCAGAGGAGGAGCCUAAAGAAGCUAAAAGAGAGGAGGAAGAAGAGGGUGAUCUGGGCUACAUUCCAAAAAGCAAAUGGGAGAUGGAUACGUCGGAAGCAAAACUCGACAAGCUGGACGGUUUGGGGAGCGGCAGCAAGAGGAAGCGUGACGGCGACCACAUGGCAGGUUUGGAGGACUACCUUCAGCUGCCAGAUGACUACGCCACCCGCAAGUCUCAGCCGGGAAAGAAGAGGGUGCGAUGGGCCGAUCUGGAAGAGCAAAAGGACGCCGAUCGCAAGCGAGCUAUCGGCUUCGUGGUGGGCCAAACAGACUGGGAAAAAAUCACGGAUGAUAGCGGCCUACUUGCACAGAAAGCGCUCAACCGGACAAAAUAUUUCUAA